UACAUGUCGCGCGAGUGACUAAAAACACGUGAGUUUAAACCGUAAAAUAAGUUUCAGAGGAUUUUAUUAGAUAAUUAAGAGUUUAUUUCAUAAUCUGUAGAGUGACUCGAAACAUGUUUCAGUCGCCUGAAGACAACGGGAUUUGAUCAACACUUCGCUAUAAAAAUCUGCGACAGCUAACCCUAGUACGCAGACAUAAUUAUUUAUUUAAUAUUUAUUUUAAAUUCAUCUGAAUAACAAUUAGAUGUAGAAAUUCGAAGUGUUAUACGAAUGAUCUAAUGCAGGUGUACACAAUAUUUGCUAAGGCGUUAUCAAAUGAAAAAGAAUUAUUCGAUUAUAGAUCGUGUCAUUCACGACGACGCGAGCCUUGACUCUUGUCAUGUUAUUAAAGGUUAGAUUUGACAAAUCUGCGCGUCAUAAAAAUGUUUAGUUACUCAGCUUAGGAAUGUACCAUUGAUAUUAAAAUUUAACCCUUUUAAUACAUAUUUCCAUGUGUCUACUACACAAUAUUUGUCAGUAUCGUUUACUAAAAUGAAUAAAUACUCUUAUCAAUUAAUUUGUAAAGAUGAUUAGGUUUUAAUCGUCUAGUAUCACUAUUUUAAUCAACCGAUAAUAGGCUUAAUUUUUUGACCUCUCAUUUUCUGGGUAGCAGUUAGGAAGAUGGGCGGGACACGCUUGGGUCUUGCAACACUCCUAUUAAGUGCAGUUAUAGCUCUAGGAAACACUGAGGACCUGCCAUGUCGCGCCCGAGACGUUGGCAUUGCCGGCCGCUCUAUAGUCUGCGUAUGCGACGCUACAUACUGUGACACCAUAACGAGAGAGGAACCAGCACCUGGCACAUUUGUCGCCUACACGUCGAGCGAUGCUGGACAACGGUUUGAAAAAAGCUUCGGCGUGAUUGAGACAGUCUCGAAUAGUGAAGAAAAUGUACCCGACGUAGAAAGUCCGGAACAACUAGAGGAUGAGGAUGAGGAAGAAGACAGUUUAAGACGAGUUGUAUUUAGACUGUACACGAUUGUUCGAUAUCAGUAUAUAGAAGGAUUUGGAGGGUCCAUCACUGACGCUGCAGCUAUCAACUGGCGAAAACUAUCAGAUGCAGCUCAAAUUAACUUUAUUAACUCAUAUUUUUCAAGUACCGGUUUAGAAUACAAUUUGAUACGAGUGCCUAUAGGAGGUGCAGAUUUCUCGACACACCCCUACACGUACAACGAAGAACCUUGGUACGACCAUGAGUUAUCAAAUUUUACUUUGACAUCCGAAGACUACUUUUACAAGUUGCCCAUGAUCAAGAGAAGUCAAGCGGUUGCGACAGACGAGGUGAAGAUCACGGCGAGCACCUGGUCUCCGCCGGUUUGGAUGAAAACCAACGAGAGAAUCACUGGUUUUGGAACCGUUAAACCCGAAUUUUACCAGGCAUACGCAGACUACCAUAUACGUUUCAUGGAAGAAUACGAAAAAGCUGAAGUGAAGAUAUGGGCAAUCACCACGUCGAACGAACCUAUCAACGGCUACCUUGGUGUACUAUUUGUCAACUUCAACUCCGUGGGAUGGUCACCAAGGAACCUGGGUCGUUGGGUGGCGAACAAUCUCGGACCGACAGUACGUAACUCUCGCUUCAACGACACGUUAAUUUUGGCAGUAGAUGAUCAACGAUAUAAUCUGCCUUAUUACUUGCUCGGGAUGGAACGGGAAGAUCCUAAAUCUAUUGAAUACAUUGAUGGGGCAUCAAUACAUUAUUAUGGAAACUUCAUACCUCCGAUUAUUAUGACUGCUAUACAAAACCGGUAUCCCGACAAAAUUUUACUUUCUACGGAGGCCUGUGAAGGUGCAAUGCCUUGGGACAGGGAAAAGGUUGCAAUAGGCUCAUGGGACAGGGCCCACAAAUACACACGAAGUAUUUUACAGGAUCUCAACAAUUAUGUGGUCGGUUGGAUCGACUGGAACCUUUGUUUGGAUCCAGAAGGCGGUCCAAAUUGGGCCCACAACUACGUCGACGCACCUAUUCUGGUAUACGGGGACCAGGACGAGUUCAUAAAACAGCCCAUGUUUUACGCGAUGGGUCACUUCUCAAAAUUCAUCCCAAGAGGCUCAAGGAGAAUUCAAUCUUCGCAAAGAACUAUUGUUACACUACAGAAUGCAGCUUUUUUGAAGCCUGAUGGAAAUAUCGUGAUGGUGCUACAGAACACGUAAGUUUUACAUCCUGUCCCGCCGGGGGCAGACGCAGGUGCAGAGGCACAUAUCCGUUUUGUUCCUACUUUACUACUAAUCUAAUCUACUAAGUUAGUUGCAUCAACCACAAUUGACGGACUGACCAAAGCCACUGCAGCAAUGAACUGUGAAACUACACGUACUAUAAAAAUUUGCGAACGCUUUAGCCGUGAUAGUCGGUUUGGUGCAACGGACCCUAAAUCUACUUAACUACUUUAC